CUCCAAUGAUAGAGCACCAGUCUUGAGAAAAUGUCAGGGACAACACCCAGGCCCCAAGUUCAAAAGCCACAGGACCAGCACACACAAAAAGAAUUCCUUCUGACUUCACUUGAUAUGCGAAUUUCUUUAAACCUAGAAUUUUCCAGCGGUUUGUGCUGCCGUCUCAAAGUUAGAAUCUAGUGACAUGAAUGAAGUGACUGUUAUAUCAUAAUACUAGUAGUCUGCCGGACAGUCAGGUUAGCAUAGCCAUAGUUGCUUCUUCAGUGAUCACCCAGGAUAGUAACUGAGUCCUCUGGGGGGCAUAGAGAUUCUAUUUAGUGUGGUGCUUGUUGGGGGAAAUCAGGGGCGAGGAAAACCUAGAAGCUACCACAUAUCUGUGAUAUUCCUGUGUGACAUCCUUUUUAUACAGAUACGCAGGACAAACAGGCAAAGACAGGGGCUCCUCUCAAAUCUUGUCAUAUGGAAGAAAGUAGGAAAAGAAGAAGAAAUGGCAAUGAAGAAGAUAACCAUCUUCCCCCACAGACCAAAAGGAGUACAAGAAAUGCUGUCUUUCAGGAUUCCUGGGACACGGAGACAGUACCUGUAACAAGAAACAGUAAAGAAAACAGACUAAGAGGAAACAGAGCGUUCUUCGCGUCUUCCAGCAGUGACAGUGGUGGGAGCAGCAGCAGCAGCAGUAGCAGCAGCAGCAGCAGCAUCAACAGUCCUGACAGGGCCAGUGGGCCGGAGAGCCUGAGCCAGGUCAUCCCAGGAUCGAGCCCCAACACCCCUCAGCCGGCACCCGAGCAGUCUGCACUGUGCCAAGGCCUCUACUUCCACAUCAACCAGACCCUGAAGGAGGCUCACUUUCACAGCCUGCAGCACCGAGGCCGGCCUCCCACAUGAGGGGCCAGCAGCUUCUUGCCUUCUGUGAAGGGACAGUGCUGUGCAGAUUCGGUAUUUCAACCUACAAUUUGUUUUAAAAAAAAUUGCACACAAAAAUGCCUGUUGGCUUCUCAGUCUAUAUUUGAAAUAACAGGUUAACAGGCAAUUGUUUACUUGUGGUGUCGCUGCACUAUUGCAAUUUCCAAGGGGCUUCGGAGCAGGUUUUUAUAGGAUUGAGGGAGGAGGGAAGGCAUCGAGGUAGAGACAAGGAAACCUGUGUGUUGCGUCCAUAGUGUCUCAUUCAGAUUCGUUUCCAAGUCUGUCAGUUAGAUUCGACUUUUAUGUAAAAGGGCCUUUACCAAGUGCAGAAUCAGUUUUUUAUUCAAUAAACUAGUCAUGAAAAUCCAGUUUCUAUGAAACCCCCCCCCCCCAAGUUUUCCCUCAAAAUAUAGAAAGCUUGAGUCUUGCACUGGGAUGGACUAUGUUGCUACCUCUGUGUGGAGCUAGCCUGAGAAGGGAUGCUUCCAUUGGAACUGGAGAGUAGACUUGAGCCGGAUUCACAUGGGACGUGAAGUGGCCUCCCUAGCCGUGUCUCCUCUGCCAGCAGCGUUUCCAGGCAAGUCCUUCAGACUCCUGUAUCCACAGAAAACAUCAGCGCUCCUCCAGUCUGCACCUCCGACUUUAGUAAAAAGAACUGCAGUUUCCACUUCAAGAAAUGCUUUUGUCUUACUUGGACUCUGAGCAGCUCCUGGUAACUCCAACUGGCAGGGUAAACUAAGGCACAGAUGACUGGAUGCUGAGCACACCCACUGUCUGAUCUGGUGCCUGACAUGACAAGUGGAUGAAACUUGGAUAAGGUCACCCCUGAUGGAGACUAGGGGACCACAUUCCAUCUCCCAAACUGAAAAGAGGUGAGUUUAGAAACAAACAAGCAGAGGCACCUUUAGGAAAGACAAUGCAAUAGUGUUUAUUUAGACAGGAUGGGCGUUUCUCCGAGUUACUUGGUCAUACUAGAGAGCCAGCCAAGUUUGAAUAAUGAGGAUGCAGAAGAGUCGUCUUCAUCGCUGAGGAGCUGUCUGAACAAGGAGCCAGGAUUCGCUGGGUCACCUGCUCUCGAGAGUGGCAGGGGGUCAACCUGCCGUUGGAUAUAGAGGAAGUGCCUUAGAGCCCCCCCAGCCUCCUGCCCGCCCCCCCAACCCCGCCACUCCACGGCACUGCACUCGGGGGCCACACGGCAUACUGCAGAACUGGCAAGCGAGUAUGGCUCUGCUGAGGACUUUGCUGAUUGCAGGGAUGUGAAAAGGACCGGGGUACAGCAUGGAAUUUUACUCUGACCAAGUGAAAUUGGAGAAUAGGACUGGGGAACAGUAACACAUGCACCCCCUUCCUUCCAUGGCAUUCCUCCACUAGCAAGGACUCACAGGGCAUUGUGGGCCGUGGAAACCCGUGCCAGGUGAGUUCCAGCCCAGGUGGGGCCUCGGGGCAAUGGCAAGCUUUUUGUUUUUUAAACUACUGUCUCCUAGAUUUUAAAACCAGAUGUUUGCCAAGGACUUUGGAUUUUAAUGCGUUUGAUGGCAGGGAAUAUGGAAAGGAUACAUUGCUAAUAUUUUGUCUAAUAAUAAAGUAAACAACUAAAUGUUGUAAGAAGACAAGCUGAGCUCUGCACACACAUGUACACAACACAAUUCAGAAAUACCCAGGAGGAUUGCUGCAGGCUUAACGGAUAGCAUCCCACUGAAACAAAACGCGCAUUAACAGAAAACGUAAAACACAAAGUAAAUUUUAAUUCCCACCCAACUAAAAGACUCAAGACGAAACCAAUGCUCAGAACAAGGACUUUCUCUGAGCGAGUCCCAUCCCAGUGCGAGGUUGGCAGAACCUCACUCUCGCCCUUCUAAGUGUAAGUGGCCAUCUCCAUCCUGUCCUGCACAUUUUAUAGCCUUGCGGCCUGGGAAACAUUUCUACCAUGAGGCUAUCUGGUAGUGUCUCUUGGUGUCUUUUAAAGUUUCUAUCAGCUCGAGCUAGCAAGACCUUGUACUUUUCUAUUGCGCCGCCAUUAAAAGCAGCACUAGUGCACUGUCA